AUGACGCCCGCCAUCGUGCGGGCGCUUUCCAGAGCCGAAGACAUCUCGCCGGAGGAAUUCGGAAAGCUUCAGCUUCCAUCGGAGCCCUCGCUCGCAGGACCCCAGCCGGGGAACCCCAUCUCGCACAGCCAGUUAAUCGACCUCUCGAAGUUGCUCAAGAAGCACGCCUCUGCCACUUCUACCGGUGAAAACCAAGAAGAGGAGCCACCCGUUGUCUACACUCUCAACACCCUCCUCCGCUCCUCUAAAAUCUACAUUCCCCCGCCCCCACCAAAGCCCGAGCCAAGCCCCUCGUACGUCGCCCUAAUGGCCCGCCUCCGCGCCGAAGAAGAAGCCCGCGCCUACACCCGCAUGCUUAACCCCCCAACCUCGUCGUUCACUUCCGCCCGUCGCCCUCCCUCUGCCCCCGUCCAAUUCAGCAUCGGAACCGACGCCCCGCUUGACGAAGACGACGUCGGCUACGAGGAGGUGCACCGCCAGAUGAUUCUUAUCAUCAAUGUUUUGGUGUCGAUAGUAGCGUGUGCGGUGUUUAUAUGGGUGGCAGCGCGGCAUUGGAGCGUCGCGAAGAGGCUUGGUUUGAGUAUGGGUGGGAGCGGGGCUGUUGCGAUUGCGGAGGUGGCGGUGUAUAGUGGGUAUGUGCGGCGAGUCAAGGAGGCGAAGAGGAGGGAGAAGAAGAAGCCUGAGAUCAAGGAGAUUGUCCAGAGCUGGGUGAUUGAUAGGGACAGCAACAAAGAAGUCCCUGUGUCGGGAGGGUUGAAAGGCAAGCCCGAAGAGUGCAUAAGGUAUAGGAAGGGGAAGCAUCGUUAA